UAAACUACUACUGAUAACUGAGUAUGUUCUGAUAACUCGCACCGAAAAAAACAAUUACGUCAAGAUUUUAAAUGAACUGUAACCCAUGUUCUCAUGCUGUUUGACAGUUUUUUUCUUUUCUUAUGCUACUCUCACAUGUGCAGUGUAGAUAAAGAGUUUUAACUAAAAUGCACUUCUAUUUUGAAGUAGAACUAUUUUUAAGCUUGCAGUGGAUGAAAGUACUAGAGAGAUACAGAUUGCACCGUGAUAAGCAAGCAUUUUUAGAUGAUCUCAGACCAAAAUAUAUAUUGGCAUCUCUUACUAUUCGUAAAGUUAUCACUCAUCAGGAGUCCAAGGAAAUCAAAUCCCAGGUUGGCAUCAGUAAGCAAGUGGAGAAGCUGUUUGAAAUUCUUCCAAAAAAAAGUUCAGAAUGUUUCAAUUCUUUCAUUGAAGUUUUAGAAGAAGAAGAUGAAACAGGUGCUUCAUAUUAUCCUUGGUUAGCAGAGCAUUUGAGACAUAAAAAUGACAAUCUAAAGAAAAAUGUCUAUGACCAGCUUAUAAAUGGUGGUAUACCAUUUCCAGUUAAUUAUGUUCUUCACAGAGAAAAAAAAUUAGAGGAUGUACGUCAGUUUUUGAUUGAAGCUUCCAAGUUGAAGCGACAUUGGAUUGUACUUUAUGGCAUGCCUGGAACAGGAAAAUCUGUUUUAGCUGCUGAAGCAAUUCGAGAUAAUGAUAUAGUUGAAAAUUAUUUCCCAGGGGGUGUAUAUUGGCUGCAAAUUGGAAACUUAAGAAAUGAUGAUAAUGCUCUUUGGCUUAAAAUGAAGAAGUUGUUUACACUUCUUCGUAUUGAAAAGGAGCUUUGUCCAAGUGAGAGUUUAAGUGAAUUAACAGAGUUAUUAAAGAGAGAAAUUAAUGACAGAAAUCAAACACUACUCUUGAUUCUUGAUGAUGUGUGGUCUAAUACUGUUAUAAAAGCCUUUGAUAUAGGAUGUCCUAUACUAGUAACAACAAAAGAUAAAACUAUAAUGCAGAAAUUGUCACAGUUUUGUUCACCCAUGGAAUUACGCAAUGAUUUAUUGCUUCAGGAAGGCAGAGAUUUGCUAUCAAUGUAUGUAAAAUGUGAACCUAGUCAGUUGCCUAAAACUGUAAAUAAUAUUUUUUCAAAAACUAAAGGUUCACCCUCAAUUUUGAGCUUGAUUGGUAGCAUGAUGGAAGAUUAUGGUAAUGAUUUUAAUCGAUGGGAGGAUCUGAACAAAAAAUUGGAAAAUGGAAUUAGGCAAGCUUUUCAUUUAAAACAUGGCUCUGGUGAUGUUUUGAAUGACAUCAAAGAUUUCCUCUAUUUAAUGCUGAAUUCAAUUCAGCAUUUGAAAGAGUAUUUUAAAGAUUUAAUAAUAUUUUGUGAAGAUGUUUAUAUCCCUAAUAAGUUACUGGAAAUUUAUUGGGGAAAAGAUCCAUUUGAAGUAGAAGAUAUAAUGUUUGAACUUUAUAAAAAAUCUCUUGUACAGAUGCAGACAAAUGCUCCUGAAGCAUUUUCAUACUGUGUUACUGAUAUCUAUAUCGAAAUCUUAUUAGAAGAUUCCUCUCCAGAAACUAUUAAGACAUGUCACAAAAAACUUGUAAAUAAUUAUUUAGAGUUAUGUCGGCAAGCAGAUGGAGAAUAUAAUUUUACCAAAUUGCCUCAUGAUGAUUAUAUUCAUUACUACCUCGGAUAUCACAUGUUUAAUGCUGAAGAAUAUGAGUUAUUAGAGAAGGUAUAUCUUGAUCUCGGAUUUGUUGAGCAGAAAUUAAAACUUACAGAUCCAAGAGACCUUUUAGCUGAUUAUCAACAUUAUAGGAAAUGUUUUAGAAAUGAGGAUGAGUUAAUAAGGUUUGAAUCCUUUGUUGAGAGAAAUUUUAACAAAAUAUGUAAUAAUGAAAAUACUCAAGAACUUCUAGCAAAUGACAUUGUUCAACUGGCACUUUUUGAACCUUCUGAUUCCAUUGUUUAUAAGAAAGCUAAAAAAUUAGUUGGUCAGUUAAAAGAUAAAGUAUGUUUUGAAUGGUGUAAUAAAGGUAUGGAUGGCUCUCAUUUCCAGAAUUUGAGGACAAGGAGUAUAGCUGAAAUACUGAAACAUGCCAUUUUCAGUUUUGAUAAUACUUUAAUUGCAUCUGUUGGUGAAUCAUCGAAAAUACAGAUAUGGUCAACUUCUUCCCAUGAAGAAAUACAGUCAUUUACAGGCCAUUCAGGUUCUGUCAACAGUUGUGCUUUUAAUUCUGAUGGGAGCAAAUUAGCAUCUGCUUCAGAUGAUGGAACUGUGAAAAUUUUUAAGGUGGCAGCUGAAUUUUCUCCAGAUAUUGCUUUAGCAAGAAAGAGAAAUUCAUUGCCUGCCAUAUAUAGUGAAACUGUUAAAGUAGAUAUUGACAUGUCUAUUUUUACAUUUGAUGAGCAUAGUGCUGAAGUUCUGUGCUGUGCAUAUUCUCCUGAUGAUAGUCUUAUAAUAUCCAGUGAUUCCAAAGGAUGUGUAAUUUCCACUUCUGCAUCUGCAACUGACAUAUGUGGCCACAGUUCACUUGGCAUUUUAGUCUUGAAUAUUCAAGAACAUUUACAAUUUUGGUAUUAUUGUGAUAAAAACGAACCCAGCAAAAUAGCAUACAAGCACUCUACAGAUGGAUGCUAA